CUAAAGUAAGGUCAAUGUGUCGUCGCUUGAGAUGCGCCGACGCGACGUCCGACGCCUGAGGACGAAGGAUCAUAUUCCUAUAAAAAUGUGGGAGGACUCAAUUCGGACACAGUUCUGUGCUGAACGCGGAGACGGAAGGACAUCAAAAUGAAGCUGCUUUGCGUGUUUGCCCUCAUUUUCACCCUCACGUUGGCUGUGGAAAUUGAGUAUGAAUCGACGUUAGAUUCAAUAGCAGCUCCUGCGAUAGAGAUAGAGAAUGAUAAGCCACAUAGGCCAGCUAAGCUUGCCUACGUCAGGCGACGAAGACUAUCCAAGCCACGUCGCUAUUCAACUUCAAACAGACAGCUGAAGAGUUACAACAACCCACAGAACGGUUACGAACCCCAAAAUAACUAUAACACUCCACAAAAUAGCUAUAACAUUCCACAAAAUAACUAUAACGUACCGCAAAACAAUUACAAUACUCCUGAGAACAACUACAAUACACAACAAAACAAUUACAACACGCCACAGACAGGAUACUAUCCCCAGAACUCCUGGAGCAACAAUCAGAACGGGUACUAUCCCCAGAACUCCUGGAGCAACAAUCAAAACGGGUACUAUCCUCAGAACAAUUGGCAACAACCAACAACAGCUCAAACUACGCAGAGUCCAACAACAAUUCCAACGACAACAUCUACAUCAACAACAACGACUCCAAUUCCUGUGAUCAAGAACGAGCACACCAUCGGAGACAAUGGAAGUUAUAAAUACGAAUACGAAAUCGCCGACGGAACCCAUGUGAUGGAAGAAGGUUAUGCCCUGAAUCCUAACACUGAUAAUGAAAGCAUAGUCAAGAAAGGAAUGUACUCGUUCACUGCUGCCGAUGGGAAGGUGUACACUGUCACGUACUGGGCUGAUGACACAGGCUUCCACGCAGAGGGUGAUCACCUGCCAAAAGCACCAGCUAUCCCUCCAGAAAUCCAGGCAUCCUUGGACCAGAAAGAAAAGGAAGAAGCUGAAAAGGCAGAAGCAGAGAAAGCAGAGGCUGAGAAUAAUAUUGAGGAACAAGGUUACCCCCAACCCCAACAACCCCCCAAACCCAUCAAACCACCAACUCAGGUUCAGCCAAAACCUCAACCGCAACCUAAACCUCAACCACAACCUAAACCUAAACCUCAACCAAUUCAACCUAAUCCUUCAUACCCCACACAGAAUUAUCCAUCUCAAAACUAUCCUACCCAAAAUUAUCCAUCUCAAAACUAUCCUACCCAAAACUAUCCCUCUCAGAACUAUCCAACCCAAAAUUACCCGUCCCAAAACUAUCCUUCGCAAAACUACCCAUCCCAAAACUACCCCUCCCAAAACUAUCCAUCCCAGAACUAUCCUUCCCAAAACUAUCCCACUCAAACACCAAAUUAUCCACCAAUAAACCGACCCCAACAGGGAGCUGGCUGGCCCGCAGCUCAAGGGCAGGAUUAUGACAUCCCAUCUAACUCCUACGGAAAAUAAGAAUAAGCCUCAAUAAUCCAUAUUACAGGACUUUAUUGAUAAAAGACAAAUAAAUGACUGAGUUACCUCAACGAUGAUUUAAUAAGGCAACAGAUAUCAUGGUCACGACUAUUAUUGUGAACUUGAUUUCUGUCACCGAUAUACAAUUUGUGAUAUUGAUCAUUGACGCCAGUUGUAGAUGUAAUUAAUUCUUAAUUAUUAAUAAAUGUAUAAUGAAAU